CUAAAAUGCAUAAAAAUACAAUGUACAGAUCCCUAUUUGGACCUGAUGACUGCAGCGACUAAACAGCAAGUUCUCAAUAAAGAAUCCUCCUGAAGAUACACAGAGUCUCCUGGACUUCGCUUCUGAGUUUCCUACAGGUUGCACAAGAAUAAAGUAGCCAUAGUGUGCAUAUAUAACGGAGGGCAGGACAUAAGAGCUGUGUGUGUAAACCUCACUCUACUGAUCUAAAGAGGCACACUAGCCCUCGUCUUCCAUGCCAGAGACCCUGGUUCGAGUCCCGCUUAGAGCGGGGCGAGUAGGACUGGAGGAGUUAACUCAUCCACAGAGCUAGAGCAUUAAAAUGUUUGCGAUAAAAUAGCCUAGAUUUAACGGGGCAAGAAGCUGUCAAAAAUGCUGAUUUGAAAUGAACCCUGUGAUAUUCUUUGUGUGCUUAGCUUAGCAUUUGUGUAUGUUUGUAUGCUAGGGAUGCAGUGGAGAAGAAGUUUCCAGCUGAGAUAAGCAGACGGAGGAGGGCUGUCCAGAGUGACCCGCAGAUCCAUUAUUUUCUUCAGAUGUUCCAGCAGUAUGGACAGAUGCUGACUCAACAAAUACCUCUGUCAGAAGGCCUACAGCAAGCUAUACAAAACAGCUUUUGUUUUGGAGUUAUGAUGACAUUGAUCUUUGUGGGGGUUUUGUUGUUACGAUAUCACUGGAUCAGUGCUGAUUCUGAUUAUGACAUCUUGGUCCAGAAGCCAAUCAGCAGGUGGAAUGCUGAUGAUGUCAGUCUGUGGGUGAAGCAUCUGGGUCCCUGGACCAAUCAGUACAGUGAAAUGUUCCACAGAGAACAAAUUAAUGGCAGUUUGUUGGCUCGUCUCAGAGAUGAAGAACUGUCUGCUGCUCCAUUCAGGGUUGAGAAUCCAUCACACAGACAAGUCAUACUGGAUGAAGUCCAAAAAAUCAAAGAGCUCAAAGUCAAACUGCCACAGAAUCUCUGGGAGUACAAGGCUACAAAUCUUGGAAAAGCCCUGUUUCUACAGUUUGGUCUGAGAGAAUUUCCACGUCUCACUUUUUAGGGGCCAAGCCCCGAAGGGGCUGUAGCCCCUAUUGUAAUUGUACGUUUUCCCUUUUAUUAUUAUUAUUCUUCCUCCCGAAUGGGAGUCUAUGGCAGCCCUAUCAACGGAA